UUCAUUAAAUAAACAGUAAAGGCCAUGUAAAAAGAGAAGCCAUAAAUUCCGCACCAGUUUCGCCGACGAACCAGCCUUCAUUUCAGUGCUUCAUCCAUCCAACCAACCCUCUCUCCCAUAUCUAUCUACAGUUUUUCAUUCUAUUCCAACGCAUCUUCAUCUUUAUCAGAUAUGGAGUACUGUGUGGAAUCUAGAGCGUUGAAGUCGAGCUUACAGAGAGAAAUAUUGGCCAUGAAAUCGACGACGACGACACAGCAAGCCUUUUUGGAGGAUUUCGUGUUCUUGAACACUAAUAUUGGCGAUGAUUUCUCUGUUGACUGUUUUCUUGAUUUCUCUAACGGAGAAUUGAAGGAGAACAGCUUUGGUGACGAAGAAGAUGAGGAGGAAAAGGAAAGACUCUCUGUUUCCUCUCAAGAACGCAUGGACGAUGAUAAUAAUUCUAACUCUAGCACUCUCUCCGGUACCACUGAUAACUCCGAUUCUUUUGGCGCCGGCGAAAUCUCUGUUCCGACUGACGAACUUGCCGACCUUGAAUGGGUAUCGCAAUUUGUGGACGAUUCGGUACCGGAAUUUCCUCUGUUGUACCCUGUUUGUUACAAGGAGAAAACAGAGAGCCAUACAAAGAACCGGUUAGAGCCGGAACCAAAACCGUCCGUGUGUAAGUCUCCAUGCUUUCCUGCUCAUUUUCCGUCAAAGGCAAGAACAAAGCGGACGAGAGCCACUGGCCGAGUAUGGCGACUCCGGUCACCACUCACGGUGUCAUCAUCAGUACCUUGUCUCUUAGUCACCAACGAGCCUGGUUUUGACAAGCCGCCAGCGAAGAAACUAAAGAAAGCACCGGCGGCUCAGAGGACCAUGGGGUUAACAUGGGCGGGUCAGUUUCAACGAAGGUGCAGCCAUUGCCAGGUCCAAAAGACCCCGCAAUGGAGAACCGGCCCAUUGGGGCCCAAAACGCUGUGCAAUGCGUGUGGAGUUCGGUACAAGUCGGGUCAACUUUUUCCGGAGUAUAGACCGGCUUGCAGCCCAACCUUUUCGGAUGAUAUUCACUCGAAUAGUCAUCGGAAAGUGUUAGAGAUGAGGAAGAGGAAGGAGACCGCUGAACCGGACUCCCGGUUGAACCAGAUAGUUCAAAGGUUUUGAAGGUUAAGGUUUAGAGAUUAACUUCUAGACUGAUUUUCAAGGUAGUGGUUGUAGAAUUUUUUCUAAUUAGGUAGCAUCUUUAUUAAACUUUAAUGUUCUAGUUUUCUUAAUUUUUGUAGCUUUUUAGGAAAAAUUUUUCUCUAAAAUCAGGUCAGUAGUUGCAGACUUGCAGGAAAUUUAGAUCAAAAGGUAACUCUUUCUUCUUUU